AUGGGUGGCAUGUGUGCUCCUGGGAAGGGCCUGUCCCAGUUGGCUUUGCUGUACCUCCACAGCAUGCCCACAUGUCUGAAGCUUACCUCCAAUGUGAAGGAACAGAUCUACAAGCUGGCCAAGAAGGGCCUGAUGCCCUCACAGAUAGGUGUGAUCCUGAGGGAUUCUCAUGGUGUGGCCCAAGUGCACUUUGUAAUUAGCAACAAAAUUUUGAGAAUUCUAAAGUCCAAGGGACUUGCCUCUGUUCUUCCUGAAGAUCUUUACCACUUGAUCAAGAAAGCUGUUGCUGUUCGAAACCAUUUUGAGAGAAACAGAAAAGAUAAUGAUUCUAAAUUCUGUAUGGUUCUCAAUGACAGCUGUUACUACAAGAAUAAGAGAGUGUUCCCACCCAAUUGGAAAUACGAAUCAUCCAUAGCCUCUGCUCUGGUGGCAUAA